GGCACGCACCGAGUCCCCAGCCAUGGCGUCCAUCGCGGCCUCCCCAGCAGUGUACCCCGAAGGCCUCAAGAAGCGCUCGCGCCUGGGCGAGUCGUUCGAGCUGUCGAGGAAGAAGCGCCAGCGCCGCGUGGGCGAGAACGGCGCCCAGGACGACGGCCCGGACGAGGCCGACGUGGCCAAGUACAGCCAGCGCCACGUCGAGUACUUUGAGCAGGUGAAGCAGGCCGAGAUCGCCCGGAUAAGGGCCGAGUACGAGCAGUUCAUCCUCAAGAAGGAGGCCGAGUUCCGCCACGAGACGCAGCAGCGCGCGGCCCAGCAGGCCGGCGAGGUGGCCCGCCUCCAGGGCGAGAACAAGCUGCUCAAGCGCGCCGUGAACAUCCAGAACGAGCAGAAUCAGGCCAUGGAGCAGGAGAACACGGCGCUCAAGCAGCUGGCCACGCAGGCCGCCGAGCACAUUCGGCGCCUCGAGCAGGCCAACUACACGCUGCGCGUGCACCUGCAGACCAGCACCAGCGCCGGCCUGGGCCACCAGCAGCAGCCGCCCGACGUGUACUAGGCUGGCCAGGCCUCUCUAUAGACAACCAGCCAGCCGGCCGGCCUCCCGUUCUACUACUAUUCAUUAUUCUAUGGGCUGGCGUCGGAGCGUCGGGAAGGCCAGAGCUACAAGGGACGCCAAGGCCAAGGCUCUCUCUCUCUUCUCCGCCGCCGACUGCGUAUCAUUCUGUGUAUCGACCGAUUCCCCUGGCGUUGGACGUCCUCAGCUCAGCUCAACUCCCGAGUUCCUGGACUUGGAGACAUGAGGAUCUACAGACGAGCGAGACGACGUCGAGGGCCGGUGGAAGGUUCUCGACGUCUGCUUCGCUGUCGUCUUGUGUCGUUGCUCCGUUGUUCUCGAGACACUCGGAACGAGCUAUGGCCCGGCCGCAGAGGAGAACAAGAAGG